AUGAACAUCGCCUUUGUGGGCUGCGGCUUCGUUGCCGCUUACUACGGCGACUCUCUGGCGAACUAUCCCGAGCUACGACCCCUGGCCGCGUUCGACAUCGACCCCUCGCGCUUGUCAGCUUUUUCGAAGCAGUACAACAUCCCGAUUGCCUCCUCCUUCCAAGCUAUCCUCGACAACCCCGACAUAGACCUCAUCGUCAACCUCACGCCGCCUGCUUCCCACGUCGAGAUCUCCAGGGCAGCCCUGCUCGCCGGCAAGCAUGUCUACUCUGAGAAGCCACUCUCACUGGAUCGAGCUGGCGCGGAGGAGCUGAUCGCGCUUGCCGCCAAGCAGGACCGCCUGCUCGCGGUGGCGCCGUGCAACUUCCUCGGCUGGUCGAUGCAGACUCUCGCCCGCCUUGUCCGCGACGAUGUGGUCGGCACUCCGCGGCUCGUCUACGCCGAGAUUGACGACGGCCCGAUCCACCAGAUGGCGUACACCACCUGGAGCAGCACCGCCGGCGUGUCCUGGCCGGCCGAGAUGGAGUUCCGCGUCGGCUGCGUCUGGGAGCAUGCUGCCUACGAGGUCGGCUUCAUGACCAGCCUCUUUGGCCCCGCGGCGACCGUCACGUCCUUCUCCCACACGCUCGUCACCGACAAGAUGGAAGGGCUUGCGCCGCAGGAUCUCGGCCCGGACUUCUGCGUCGGCCUGAUCCACUUCCACAGCGGCGUCGUCGCCCGCCUGACCAUCGGCACCAUCGCCCGGCGCAACCGCUCAAUGACCAUCACCGGCGACAAGGGCAUCCUCCACGUGCCCGAGAUCUGGGACUUUGAGGCCCCAGUCCAGUUCGCCGUCACCAGGGGCUCGACGGCCAAGCCAACCUCGUCGCUGCUGCUGGUCGACACGCCACCGAACACUCCUCCCGAGUCCGAGGCGAAGAGCUCUGGCACCGGACCGUCGCCAGAGCGCGGGAUCCAGGUCGACACGCAGCCGCCACCAAUGGAUACCCCGAGGCUGUACGCGACGUCGCCCAGCUACCGCAUGGACAUGUCCCUGGGCCUCGCCGAGAUCGCAGCCGCCCUCCGCGACAAGCGCCGCCCAAGGAUGGCCGCGGACCAUGCGUUCCACAUAUACGAGAUCCUCCAGGCGCUCAAUGACUCUGUCGCCGCUCCCGGGCAUCGGGAGAUCACGUCCAAGUUUGUGCCGAUUGAUCCCAUGCCCGCGCUGCAGACGACAGCAUCGAACUGUACAAUUUCGUGGUGA